AUGCAUAGCACGUUUGCUUUUGGCCUCGCCAAGAAUGGGGUCAAUGGACUGCCGAGUGUACGACGUGCAGCCACCGCUUCUCAAAUUAGUGGACGGUUGUCAACGCCCCAUUCCCCCGAAAGCGCUAAGAAUAAUGUUACAGGAUGGAACAGCAGUGAAGAAGAGGCCGUAGCUGUCACGUCAGUAUCUCUGGCUUUGGCAACACCCCCUCCAAUUGCAUUUAUCGAUCGAAAUAGUGAAGAUUUGGCUGCUGGAGAUGCAAAAACGAAGAUGACAUUGUGUGGGACGGGAGAUGAUCUGCAUCCAAGGAAACGAGGGACCUCAGUGGACAAGACAAACCCCUUUAUUGGAUACUUUCAAACAGGGACAGAGGAUGUUGAGAAGGAAGCAGUGGACUCUCCACUGUCAAUUCCUCCUCCAAUGCCGAGGCAUUGUGUGUCAUGCCGUACACAAAGCAGUGCAGCUCUUUCCUCCAUGUCGUCGUUUUAUCCGUCGGCAUUCUUUGCGCCCCACAAACAAAAGACAGAGUGGCUUGGCUCUCAAAGUAGCCACUUUACACCAUUCUUGAAGCAACAAGAUGCAAAGGAGCGUAAUCAAAAGCAGCAUAUGGUGUUUUUGGAAUCGUUGAAAUUGGAGACACCGGCAUUGGCGAUGCAAGCCAUGACCGAUGAAAUUCAGGAGAAAAUGAAGUACAAGACUUCAACGAAGCAAACAAAUGCGCGGCCAGCGGCUAUGUCUACGACAGCAGCAUUUUUGCCCAUAGUAACUUCAUCGUCGGAGAUGAACAUUAGCUCCACUGCUUUACGCAAUGAGGAUUCGUGUGCUUUAAAUUCACGCUUUGAGCAGGACUUUGAAGUCGUGGGCUCUGUAGGUGAAGGAGGCCAAGGAUUUGUCUAUAAGGUGCGAAGCAAAGUAGAUGGAUGCUACUAUGCUAUCAAAAAGGUGGUGCUCCCCCGUGCAACGAAGCUAGAUGCUAGACGCGUGGAAAGCCAAGCUCUGCGAGAAGUUUGCUCUAUGGCUUCCAUGGCUCCACAUCCUAAUGUGGUUCGCUACCAUACAGCUUGGACAGAGGUGGAUGCAUAUGUUCCUGACACGAAUUCAUCGACGAAAAGUGUUCGUGGAUCAGAUGUUCCGUCACUUGUUGAAAGUAAUAAUAGUCCACAGGAUUUUCAACGCCAGCAACUAGCCUUGUUGGACGAGGAAGCUCAGUUGCAGAGAAGUAGCGUGAAGUGUGAUGAUGAGUGGUUCCCACUUGAAUUUUCGGCGGACUCGCUUAGUUUUGACGAGUGUUCCACUCCUGGAUUCACUUUUGAGGAUGAAGACAAGUAUUUGGUAGGUUUGUACGCUAACGAGGCGCCUUUUGGACAACAGGAAAUACUGGAAAACGAGGUAGAAGCUGCUUCCAGUUCGUUUGCAGAGUUGGCGGCCGUGAAGGCCCAGGUUAUCCUGUACAUACAGAUGGAGCUAUGUGGCACAGCAAUGAAUUCUGUACCGUCGUCUCCGACUGCAAUUGACAAUCACGAGCCAAUUUAUCGUAUUCUGGACAAGUUUAAAACACCACAGCAAGAGCGGCAGCACGUUGGCGAAGAAAGGCACUCAAACCUGGGAGCGUGGUUUCGCUCAUCUCUUGAGCAGCGGUCGUCGUGGUCUAACAAAUCGGAGAAAUAUAUGGAAGGUCUCAAGCUCUUUUUUGGCGCGGUGCAGGGCGUUGCUCACAUGCAUUCGUACGGUGUGAUUCACCGCGACUUAAAGCCGGACAACAUCUUUAUCCAUGGUGAUGCAGCGAAGAUUGGCGAUUUUGGUUUAUCGAAGUCCGUUUUUGCAGACAACUCGAUUGAUGGGGCUGCAUCUCCACGUGAACGUCUGCAGGAGCUGGGCCUUAGCGAUGGCGACCACACGACAGCUCUCGGCACUUUUACCUAUGCGUCUCCUGAGCAGCUGGGGUACCGCUUCAGCAGUAGCAAUGCAUUGAAAAAUGCCGCGACUCGUCUUAAAAGCGCCAAGUACUCGAUUAAGUCGGAUAUUUUUGCGCUGGGUGUGAUCUUGCUGGAAUUGUGCUGCCCGUUUAGCACGAUGAUGGAGCGUUCGCAGGUUUUAACUGGUGUGCGCCAUGGCGUUGUGCCUCAAAAGGCUCGGCAGAACUUUCCUAUGGAGAUGGAUCUCGUGCUACGCAUGACCUCGAUCGACCCUGGUGAGAGACCCACGAGCGUAGAAGUUUGCGAGCAACUACGCAAGAUAAUUGCAGCAUCAAGCAUCACUACAGGGCCAGCAUCAGCCCUGCAAGAGUUGCGUGAGAUACAAACAAAGCUUGUGGCUGCUGUCCGCUUGGUGCGUGAUCGCACUCACGCCACUCUACAGUUGGAGGCGUUGGUGUCAGAGCUGAACGACAAGGUCCGGAACGUAGAGAUUGCUCUUGCCUAA